GCACAAGACAGAGAAAGGCUUUGCCCUCGUGGAACUUAGAUUUAUAUGGGGAUGACUGAUCACACACAAAUAAAUAAAUGAAGAUCAUUAUUGAUUAUAAUGAAGGACGUGAAAGAAAUAAACACAGUAAUGAGAUAAGCAGUAGUGGGAGGGGGUGAGGGGUGUGCUACUUUAAACUGAGUGGUCAGGAAAGACCUCUUCUGAGGAGGUGACCACUAAGCUGAGGCCUGAAAGAUGGGAAGGAGGCAGCCAAGCAGAGAGCUUGGGGAAGAGCAUUCCAGGAGGAAGGAACAGCAAGGGCAAAGGCUCUGAGAUGGGAAUGUCUGUCAAGCAAUAGAAGGAAACCAGAGUCUGUGGAGGGUGGAGAACAAGGGAAGAGUGAUGGAGGAUGAGGUCAGAGAGGAAGACAGAGGGCACAUUCUAUAGGGUGAAGCUCUUUGAUUUUAUUCUAAGGGCAAUGGAGGGCCAUUGAAGGAUUUUAGAUAGAGAAAUUAUGUGAUUUGGUUUACAUUUUUAAAGCUUUCUCUUAUUGGAGAAUAGACUGUAGACGGCAGGAGAGGAAGAAGGGAGAUGGUUUGGGAGGCAAUUUCUGAUGGUCAAUUUCUGAUGGCAAAGUCCAAGGAAAACUGAUGGUGCUUGGGACCAGCAUGGUGGCAAUGGAGAUGGAGAGAAGUGGUUGGACUUUGAGAUGUGUUUUGGAGGUAGAGUCGACAGGCCAAUUAUAAUAUAUAUAAAGUUGUGCUGUCCAAUACAAUAACUAUGGCCACUGUGGCUAUUUACAUUUAAGUUAAAUAAGAUUAAAAAUUCAGUUUCUCAGUCACACUAGCCACAUUUCAAGUGCUCAGUAACUACAUGUGGCUAGCGGCUACUGUGUUGGAUGGUGUAGGCAUAGGACAUUUCCAUCAUCAUAGAAAAUUCGACUGGAUAGUGCUGGUAGGGCAUCUAGGACAGUGGCCAACACAUUUUAGGAGUUAAGUAAUGAUAGCUAUUAAGUAUAUUUGUUGUGGCACUAAGUCUUUUUUUUUCAUAUAUUUACCUGUUCAACCAACUAUUGAUUAAAUGCUUCCACCGCCCUUGCUUUAUUAAAGGGAAAUCAUGCACUGCCUGGGUUCUCAUGCACCACCUCUUUGCUCUGCAAAUGCAUGCAUUUGUUCAACAGAUGUUUGGGUGCCCACUCUGUGCUUGGAGUUGGAGGGAGUGGGAUCAGGAAAGAUCUCCUCCCAGGAAGAUGAACCUGUAUGAGUGAGGGAGAACCUGGUACUCAAGGGCUCUGAAUCCCCAGAGGGAGAAGAGAGUGAUUCCAGUGGGAGUAGAGGUGAGGGUCAGGAAAGAGGGGAAUUUGGCCUUGGCCUGAGGUAUGUGAUGAGGACAGCUGGCCAGAGAGAACUUUGGCCUGAGACAUGCUCCUGGGAGUCAGUUCUGUAUGUCACAGAUUACAAAGCACCCUCACACAUGCUCAUCUUACAGAAACUGGGGGAGGUGCAGGGCCUGGCCAGAGCCUUCACCUGGGUGACCUGGUUACAGCUAGUAGCCAGACUUGAUCCUGGUCUGCUAAGACACCCUACUCCCCUCAGGCCUGAGGCUUUUCUCUGAGGGUGGGCAGCUCCUCCUUAAAGAAGCUCCCUCCCUCCCUGAUUGCCUUGGUGGCUGUGUGCCGCUUGUAGGCCUACCAGGAUGGAGGGGCAUGCUGAAAUGGAGAUGCUGAGGACACUGAAGGGGCCCUCCACAGGGGAGGUCAGCGUGCACCUCGUGCCCAGAGACAGCCCGGGUUCCGGCCCUCAUCUGCCUGCUACUGCCUUCAUCAUCCCAGCCAGCACAGCCACCCUUGGCCUGUCCAGCAGUGCCCUGGAGGUGUCCUGCUUUCCGCGGGAGCCGAUCCAUGUGGGCGCUCCGGAGCGAGUGGCCGGCAGCGUACCUGUCACGGCCACCGUUCUGCCGCAGUUAAGCGCCGGGCCGGCGGCCAGCUCCGGCGCCAGCGCAGUGCGGCUCCUGGAGUGGACGGAGGCCGCGGCCCCGCCUCCUGGGAGCGGCCUGCGGUUCCGGAUAAGCGAGUACGCGCAGCUGAACAUGGUGGGAGCGGAGCAGCCCCCGAGCCCCGAGCUGCGGCGGGAGGGCGUGGCCGAGUACGAAAAUGGCGAGGGCCCGGCGGGAGGUGGCGAUUCGGACACCCAGCAGCCUGCGGACCUCCCCCAGGACCCUCCAGAAGAUCCCCCUCAAGACCCUCCAGAGGAUGAUGGCACCUGUCAGUGCCAGGCUUGCGGGCCUCAGCAAGGCGCCGGUCCCGAUGCUGGUUCCUCCAGUGAUGGCUGCCCCCAGCUCUACCAGGAGCGGUCAGUCAUAGUGGAGAACUCCUCAGGCCAGAACUCCGCCUGUGCCAGCGCCUCUGAGCUCCUCAAACCCAUGAAAAAGAGGAAGCGCAGGGAAUACCAGAGCCCAUCAGAGGAGGAGUCCGAGCCAGAGGCCACGGAGAAGCAAGAAGAAGGAAAAGAUCCAGAGGGACAGCCCACCGCUAGCACCCCAGAAAGUGAGGAGUGGAGCAUCAGCCAGCCUGCAUCAGGGGAGAAGGAAGGCUGGUCGUGGGAGUCCUACCUCGAGGAGCAGAAGGCCAUCACUGCCCCUGUCAGCCUCUUCCAGGACUACCAGGCGGUCCCUCAUAACAAGAAUGGCUUCAGACCGGGCAUGAAGUUGGAAGGCAUCGACCCUCAGCACCCGUCCAUGUACUUCAUCCUCACUGUGGCCGAGGUGUGUGGCUACCGCCUACGACUGCACUUUGAUGGGUAUCCCGAGUGCCACGACUUCUGGAUCAAUGCCAACUCCCCUGACAUUCACCCCACUGGCUGGUUCGAGAAAACUGGACACAAGCUGCAGCCCCCCAAAGGUUACAAGGAGGAGGAGUUCAGCUGGAGCCAGUACCUGCGCAGCACAAGAGCCCAGGCUGCCCCCAAGCACCUGUUUGUGAGCCAGAGCCACAGUCCCCCACCCCUGGGCUUCCAGGUGGGCAUGAAGCUGGAGGCUGUCGACCGCAUGAACCCAUCCCUCGUCUGUGUGGCCAGUGUGACCGAUGUGGUGGACAGCCGCUUCCUGGUGCACUUUGACGACUGGGACGAUACUUACGACUACUGGUGUGAUCCCAGCAGCCCCUACAUCCACCCAGUGGGCUGGUGCCAGAAGCAAGGAAAGACCCUCACCCCUCCACAAGACUACCCAGAUCCUGAUAGCUUCUGUUGGGAGAAAUAUCUGGAAGAAACUGGGGCCUCUGCUGUGCCCACCUGGGCCUUCAAGGUGCGCCCCCCGCACACUUUCCUGGUCAACAUGAAGCUGGAGGCCGUGGACCGCAGGAAUCCAGCCCUGAUUCGUGUGGCCAGCGUGGAGGAUGUGGAGGACCAUCGGAUAAAGCUCCACUUUGAUGGCUGGAGUCAUGCCUAUGACUUCUGGAUCGACGCCGACCACCCAGACAUCCACCCCGCGGGCUGGUGCUCCAAGACAGGGCAUCCCCUGCAGCCUCCUCUCCGACCCAGAGAGCCCAGCUCUGCCUCCCCUGGUGGCUAUCCCCCUCUCAGCUAUCGGAGCCUACCGCACACCAGGACCUCCAAAUACAGCUUUCACCAUCGGAAGUGCCCCACUCCUGGUUGUGACGGCUCUGGCCACGUCACAGGCAAGUUCACAGCUCACCAUUGCCUCUCGGGCUGCCCACUGGCUGAGAGGAACCAGAGCCGGCUGAAGGCGGAGCUGUCCGACACAGAGGCCUCGGCCCGUAAGAGGAACCUCUCGGGCUUCUCCCUAAGGAAGAAGCCUCGCCAUCAUGGCCGGAUUGGACGCCCUCCAAAGUAUCGGAAGAUCCUGCAGGAAGAUUUCUCGACACUAACUACCGAUGUCAUGCACCAGUCCCUCUUCAUGUCAGCCCUGUCGGCCCACCCUGACCGUUCACUCUCAGUGUGCUGGGAGCAGCACUGCAAGCUCCUUCCAGGAGUGGCGGGCAUCUCGGCCUCAGCAGUCGCCAAGUGGACCAUUGAUGAGGUCUUCGGCUUCGUUCAGACCUUGACAGGUUGUGAGGACCAAGCACGACUCUUCAAGGAUGAGGCAGACAUUGUGAAGAUCAUGAGCGUCAAGCUGGGUCCAGCCUUGAAGAUCUAUAAUGCCAUUCUCAUGUUCAAAAACGCCGAUGACACCUUAAAGUGACUGGCUCCAGCCCAGCUGGGCCUCCCUCUGCAGCUGAUGCUUCCUUCCCGACUCGAGUUCCUCACGUCCCACCUGCACCCCCACCACCGUCUCUAUCUUACCAGGGCUGGUCCUUCUCUCCGGGGCUGCUUCCUACAAGGUACAUGGGAGCAGAGGAGCCCUGGGGGAGAUGGAGUCCUUGCUGCCCAGUCCUGGAGCUCACCUGCCACCAGGCACAGCGGUGAGGUGUGACUGGGCUGGGGGAGCAUUACUGAUGGAGUAGCUUGGAGACGCCCUGCCUCUGGCAGCCCCACAUCUCCAGUUGACUUGUUCUAUCACCCUUCGGGUCUUUUUCUUAGCAGUUGAGAACAGUCUGGUAGAACGGGAGUCCUCCGAUCUGAGGCCCUUUUCUCUUCAGCAUCUCUCUCUGCUUUUCUUUCCUUAUCUCCUUUCCUCCUACCAAGAAGUAACCCUGCCCCAAACAUGUUUACUCAAAAAGAUACCUCCCUCCUUUUCUGAUUUUGCUGCCCUCAUUCUGCUGCCUGGUUUCCUGGGCAGUGUCCCCAGCCUUGGCCCAGCCAGACCCCACUGGCUCUUCCCCCUUAGAUGGGUGAGCCUCGGAAACAUGUUUUCAUAGGAUCCAUUGGGAGUCUCUGGCUGCCUUGCUCCCUUUUGCUCAGAAUUGGGAGAUUCUGAGCUGAGAUGCCUUCUUAAACAUGCCCAGUUCUGGACCACUUGGCAUUUGUGUCCCACGCCAAGUCCUGUUUCCAGCACAGUGGGUGUUUAGAGCCUGCUUUACCUCUGCGGCCGAGGUUAAGGUUCCACAGCUGUUCCCCAACUCCCUUCCUGUGUCGACGUCGGGAGGAAGCCGCCUGCCAGCUAGGUAGCCGAGGCCAGCCCAAAGGUAUGUCAGACGAUCUGGGGUCUUUGGCCAGAGCAGCAGCUCCAGCAGGCAUGGUGGCUCCCAAAGCUGGGCAUAGCAUCCUUUUCUGCAGGCAUGGAUCUCAGCCAAGAUAUUGCCCAUGGGGUGAGGGCUCCAUGCCUGCCAAGCCUCCUGCCGUGGGCAUGUAGCACUCUGUCUAGCACACACACCCCAUGACAUCACAUUCUGCCUGUCCCUUAAAUGUCUUGCUCUUGAGGAGUCUUACAAAGACCACUUGAGUUGGGAAAGUGAAUUCUUCUGUGUCCUUUAAGCCUUUCUUACCACUCUCCAUCUGUCUUGCACUGCCAACCGGGAGCCUGCUGGGGCUCUGGGACUUCGACUUUUCUGUCUAAGUGGGCACCCAGCCUCCACUGAGCCACUGCCAAACCUGCCUCCCAGCCUUGAGGGGUGGGGACAGAGGCCCCACUGGAGGUGAGGGGCAACUGCCAAGCUCUGGUGGCCCCGGGUGCUGAGAUGGGCCUGCAGGGUGUGGAGCCAGGGGGGCCUUCCCAAGACCCCUUCUCUCAGUCGUGUGUGUGUGUGUGUGUGUGUGUGUGUGUGUGUAGGGCGCUCUCAGAAGUGUUUGACAGGGUGCAGAUGUGAGGCUUGGUGCUGGGAAAAUGUCAAGGGCUAUUAUUAAAAUAUGAAGCUUUAUCUUUCCUGUAGAGGCGGGAAACCCAAAGCUCUGUUGAUUCCUGCCCCAGCCCAGUCGGGGACCCUCUCUCACGUGGGCCCAGACAGCUUUGCCAGGACAGCCAUUCGUCCCCCCAGCUGAGCUCCCGCAGGGCUUCAGAUGUCCCUUCCCUUUCAGCCUGUAGUUGGCAGCUCUGAGCACAGCCUUCCUGAGAGGAAGCUAAGCGGGCCCUGCCCCUGGCUGAGGGUUGGGGUUACAGAGGUUGCAUUGGUGCCCCCUUGGCCAAGAGGAAGGAGGAGCAAGCCUGAGCCUCUCUAGCUUGUUUGCAUGGGUGGUGGCAAAACGCACCAGCUCCUUGGCCUUGUCUGCUCUUCUCUGAAACUGAGGCGAGAUGCUCGCUGGCUUUCUGGUGUGAGGAGAAGGCAGCAAGUAUGCACAGCUGUGCUGUGGCAUCUCACCACUUCUAAGGAGCAGGGCUCGGAGAGCUUCGAGAUGUGGAUCUGCCAGCCACGCUCCUAAUGCUUGCCUACGGGAAAGGCAGGGUGGACUAAGGGUCUUGGAGAAAAGGGCCCCCAGCCUCCGAACUUUGAGGCCUCAGCACUUUCUGCACCAAUGUAAAACUUUCUGGAAAGAGACCAAAUCAUAAAAAAAGAAAAAACUCUGCCUUUUGUCUACCCCACUGCCCCUUCACCCCCAUCCUGUCCCCAAAUGGGAUCAUUGACCCUUGACCUGGGAGCGCAAUGAGGGGAAGGAGUUGGCACCGGUGCCCAGUGCCCUGUGCCCUCUGCCCUGCUCUCCAGCAGCAGACACCACUUACAUUUUGGCCCCCAGCAGCCUCGCCCAGCCCUUGCCCAGCCCUGGCCUAGGGCAGUGGGGACAUUUCUAUUUAAUUCUUGAAGCAGAGAGAGUGAUCCCAGAGUUUGAAAAUGAAGCCUGUUUGCACUUUCAUUCACAUGCACUUUGGUGGCGUUACAUUUUUUGUACUUGCCUCGUGUGUGUGUGUGUGUGUGUGUGUGUGUGCGUGCACACGUGCGUUCUUUAAUAGAAUUCUCUGGUUUAAGAUAAAGUGACUCGUGACUCUUGAAGGAGAAAAAGUUACAAACAAAAUGUGCUGUGUUUGUCAAUGUAUUGAAACAACAUAAAUAAACUUGAACAA